AAUAGAAGAAAUCAAUCCAAGAUGGCAAGGCAUUUCAAUAUCAAAUAUCCACAUCUUAAAAUCAAACAGCUGCUUGUCAGUGCAUGGAUAAAGGCAGAAGACAAGUGGAGGGAGAAGCAUGAAAAGAGUGAGAUAAAUGGCCAUCAAGUGAAGCAUAUGCAUUAA